UCCUAGCACGAUGGAGUUCAGCGGGGAGUCCAGGCGCAGCGUGUUGGUGCGUCUUUCCUGACGCUCGCUCCGGCCCAUCAGGGUACUCCCUGCACUGGAGUUGCUUCUGGGCAUCUGUGGGCUGGCGAAUCCCUACCCCGGAGCCGAUCGAUCCCAUUUUUCCCUGCCCCGCAGCAGCAAAUUCCGGCCAAGGAGGCGAGCAGAAUCCCGGAUGGCGUAGCAGGGACGCGGCUCCCGCUCGUGGUUGUGUCGGAAGAGCAGGAGGGGGGCAAAGCAAAGAAAGUUUGCAGCCUGUUUCCUGCGAUCGCGGCGAUCGGCUGCUUUGACAGAUCUCUUGAGAGGUAAAAGCAUCUACAGUAGUAUUUUUUCAAAGAACGUACAUUGGCGUAAAGAUUUACAAAGGGACUUGAUGUGCGAAAUCCCAGUGUUGUAAAAAUGACUUCAAGUUGCAUGAUUCCAGUGUUUGCUUUGAUGAUUGGGUGUUUAACAUCUGCAGGUCCUAUAACUACAAAUGAAUGUGUGUUGUCACCUGUCAAUAGCUCCCACCCAGUUCAAGCCUUGUUGGAGAGCUUUACAGUGUUAUCUGGCUGUGCAAGUCAAGGGACUGCUGGAUUGCCACAGGAAGUUCACAUCCUCAACCUUCGAAGCCCUGAAGAAGGCCUUGGACACCAUGAAAGAGAGGUCGCUUUACAUCUGAAUACAAUUUCUUCCGUUCAUAUCCACCAGAAACCAUUGGUGUUCUUGCUGAACUCACCUGUGCCCUUAGUAUGGAAGGUGAAAACAGAAAGGCUUGCCCCGUUGAUUCCAAGAUCUUUCAUUGUUUCAGCAGGUUCCAUUGUGCUGUUUGAGAAAGGAAACUUCUCCUUGUCAGCAAAAAUAGAGGAAAAGCCUCUCCCUCAGGAAAAUAAGCAUCUGUUACAGUGGGCCCAGAAUGAAUAUGGGGCAGUCACAUCUUUCACUGAACUCAAAGUAUCGAGAAACAUUUACAUCAAAGUGGGUGAAGAUCAGUUCUUUCCUGCAACAUGCAAUAUAGAAAAGAACUUUAUUUCGCUGAAUUACCUUGCAAGAUACUUACAACCAAAGGAAGCAGAAGGAUGCAUUAUCUCCAGCAUGGGUCAAGAAAGAGAAGUUCAUAUAAUUGAACUAAUCACCCCAGACUCUAACCCUUACAGUGCUUUCCAGGUGGAUAUCAUCAUUGACAUUAGACCAUCUCGGCCAGACACCACACUUGUCAGGGAUCUUGUACUUAUCCUCAAGUGUAGAAAGUUUGUCAAUUGGGUCAUCAAGUCACAUGACAUUAAGGGGAAACUGGAAGCGAUUGCAGCAAACAGUGUUGGCUUUGGAAAAGACGCUGAACGCUCUAUGGUGAUGACUAAAACCAUAAUAUCUAAUAUUCCUUCCUCUCAUGAGAAUUUGAUUACUUGGGCCCAUGAUCAUGGCUACCAUGCAGUUACUUCUUAUACAAAAGCACCUGUUGCUAAUAGGUUCCAUCUACGGCUUGAGGACACUGAAGAGAUGAAUGAUGAAGAGGACCAUUUUCUUCCACCAGAGCUUACGGAAUUGCUCCGUGACAUUAACCCACAGCCUGCUCCAAACCCACCCUUGAGUGAAAGCGUUCCUUUCGCUUUCCCCUUUAAUAGACGGGAUGAUAAUCAUAAAGGAGCCUUGCCAUCAACUGAUACAGUGGACACAAUAAUGGCCAGUCGUGACUUUGGGCAACUUCUCCCAAAAGUCAAAGAACCAGAAGAAGUUCAGGGAAGUGUUGGUGUUGCCCUGUCAGUGAAAUGUGAUGACACAUCCAUGACUGUAGCUGUAGCAAAAGACUCACUGGAGGCUAGUGGUUAUAUUGGAACACUCUCACUGCUGGAUCCUACAUGCAGAGCUAAGACAAACAGGACCCAUUUCAUUUUGAAGUCAUCCCUGCAAGACUGUGGGACUCGACGGAUAGCCUCUGCCUUGAACAGUGUUGUGUAUAAGAACUCUAUUGUUAUUCAGCUGUCAUCACCAAUUGAAGCCAGUGGUUUGGUGAUUGAUUAUGAAGACAUGGAAUCGGGGGAUAAUGGGUUCCCAGGUGACACUGAUGAAACUGACACCACUUUCCCCAGCCGGCCUGAAAUUGAGUUCAGUUGCACAUUCCGUCAGCCAAAAGCUCUGAAUCCUCCCAUUUACUGGCCACCUGAAACACGCAUCGGCAAUGUGUCGUUCAGCAUGGAUCUUUAUGAAACUGACCUCUUCCGUAAGCCGACCCAGGGGAUCUUCCUCACCGCAGAGAAUAACCAGAUUUUUGUUGAGGUCUCGGUGACCAAGGCUGACAACAAUCUGGGCUUUGCAAUUCAGACUUGCUUUAUUUCUCCAUAUUCACACCAUGAUAAAAUGUCUGAAUAUACCAUCAUUGAAAAUAUUUGUCCCAAAGAUGAAUCUGUGAAAUUCUACAAUGUCCCCAAAGCUGAUUUUCCGAUAUUACAUGCUCAGACAGACAAAAAGCGCUUUAGCUUUAUAUUCAAAUCCACAUUCAGCACCCCCCUUCUCUUUCUUCACUGUGAGGUGACUUUGUGUGCAAAGAAAGGAAAAGAUGCUCAAGGACUGGCCAAGUGCAUCCCUCCUGAUGAAGCCUGUACCUCUCUCACUGUUGAUAUGAUCUUGGCCAUGAUGCAGAAUAAGAAAACCUUCACCAAACCCCUUGCUGUGAUAACUAAAGAGAAACCAGGUAAACCACCUUCUAGUUCAAAACCUCCUGAAGGCCUACUACCAACAGAUAAAACUCCUUCCAAGUCAAAACCUCCUGAAGGCUCACCACCUGUCUUCCAUGGCCUGGAUACUAUGACAGUUGUGGGCAUUGCCUUUGCAGCUUUUGUGAUUGGUGCACUGCUGACAGGAGCAUUAUGGUUCAUCUAUUCUCACACAGGAGAACCGGCGGGAAGACAGCAGGUACCCACAUCCCCACCGGCCUCUGAAAACAGCAGUGCAGCCCACAGUAUUGGCAGCACACAAAGCACCCCCUGUUCCAGCAGCAGCACAGCCUAACCCUAGGGGCAGGGAUGCAAGUCCGAGAAGCAGCAUAGGAGAGCAGAGGUUUCAAAGGAGCUGUUUGUUGCCGUUUGCUUUGAACUGAUUGGUUUGGAUUCCUUGGCAGAACGAGGAGAAAUUUCCUUCAUUUCUCUGGAUAAAUGUGGUCCUUGAACCUCGUGCAACAUGCUAGGUUAACACACGACUAAACUACUAUUUAUGUAAAGCCGUGGAUUGUAUACAAGGGUCCACAGGCUCUCAAUGUGAAACACAAGCCAGUUGGAAAUUUAUUUUUUAUUUUUGCGUAAAUGCUGCUUUGUUGCUAAAGAACCAUAGUGUUGAGUUCUGCAAAUGUCAAGGUGACACAUGGUGUCUGUAAAGGGAUUUCAGCCCUUAUAAGCUGCCGGGGGAGUCUUUGUUUCCCCCUCCUCCCUUUGGUCAGGGGAUUCCAUCUCAUCAGAAAAGAUGAGUUUCAAGCACAGAGUGAUUGACUUUAAAAUCACUGGUUUCAUCAACUACACAUUGCCAUUUCACAAACGCUAUUUCUUUAUUAUUUGUAUGAUAGUUGAGCUGAGCUUAGCAUUUUGCCCACUGCCUUAUUAUCUGCAGCUUCAGUUUUCAUUCAGAAGAACAUUGUUACUGCAUCUGUUAUUGCUGCCUUGGGGACCCUUACACAACUGAAAGGUGGGACAUACAUGUUCUAAUAAACAUAAAUCCAGAUCUCUGCCUGUGGAGCACAAACAGUUCUAGAUUUUUACUCAGGGGCAUCCAGAUGUGUCCACAUUUUGGGACUGACCUAUAAUGUAUCACAUAGAUAUCAUUGUCUUUUUUCAGUUUAGGAAAUAAUUUUAAUACUCUGAUUUGACUCUCCACCCCACCCCACCCCACCCCAACUGCAGAAGAAUGUUCUACAUUAUCAAAAGCUAGUUUUUUGUUAUCAAAAAUACUUAGGUCAGGCCCACAUUCUCUGUGCUUCCAACAUUUCCAGUUUUAUGGUGAUUCUUUUUUUAAGUGUUUGGAGGAGAAAACUAUUGAGCUUCUUGUUCUGUAUGACUCACCAUGUAUAGGAAUGAAAGGAUUCCUUAAAGCCCCUCAGUGUUUUGUAACCAACAGCUAGUUAGUCAUCUCCGCAUUGCAAUUCAAUCUAUCCCAAAGUAGCAUUUGGAAUGCGAAAAAGGCAAAGCAGUGCUAAUUUUCACAAUAUUUUGUUGUACCCCUUCCUUCCACUGGCCUUAAAAUAUACCCCAAACCAAAAGAAAAGUAUGGGAUUUGAAACUGUAAGAAUAUUCUGUUGUCACUCUGUGGACUGAAACACAGUCUUCUGAUUCCUCCAUACUGAAAACAAAAUGAAGUGCUGCUCUCCCUUUGCAGACUGUCAAAAGCUCAGUUUUUAUUACCUUCAGUGGAGUUUUUAUCAUGCUGUAGCAGAAAAAAAUUCAUUCUGCUAAAGCAACAUCUAGAAUUCAGUAGAAUUCUAGUGCAAAUGCAGCCAGGGUGCUUAGUCAGUUGUGCAGCACCCAUUCAAUCUGUAUUCCCAGUUGAUAUUCUGAUCAGUGGAUAUUCAGACUUCAAGAUGAGUAUGUAUGACAGACUUAUACAGUAUGGUUUGGGCAAGAGAUGUGCCUUUAAUUAGGUGUUUAAACAAGGUUUGAAUUUAGUCCUGUAAACACUUGUACACCAAACUGAUGUUAGGAACUCAUGAACCUUAGGCUGGCUGGGUUAAGAACUACAAAGGGGAUUGCGGAAGGGAGUAAGGCCUGAAUGCACUUGAUCAUUUGGCUCAGGGGUGAGACUCUCCAGCUUUUGUACUAUAACUCACAUCAUCCCCUGCUGCAGUAAAUUGCAGCGGGGGUGAUGGGAGCUGUAGUCCAACAGCUGGAGAGCUUCAGGUUGGCCACCGCAAUCUGGCUGGGUUUUGUUCAGAGGAAAGCCUGAGGAGAUUGCUAACUGAGCAAUCAUCUUGUUAAACUGCCCCGUGCUUGUCUCUUAAUAGCAGUUUGAUAAACAGAAAUAAGCUAAUGAAUCUUUUCACAUCAUGGAGAUAAACAUUAUCAGCUGCCAGUUGCUGCAAAGCCUGUUUCAAAAGUCACCUUGAGCCAACACAGGGUCCAUUCCUCUGUGGCCCUUCUUCACCCUCACCACUCUACACAGGCAUUUGUGCUGGCAAAGGGGAGACAACAGUGAGGAUCUGUCCACAUGUGCUGGAGUAGCACCCAGCAGAUCUGAGGAUCCUGACAGGUCUGGAAUGUCUCAAAAUGAAAUUGAGAUUAUUUUUAGGAGUAAAUUGCUGCCAUUCUCAAGUGUUUGCAGGACUAGAUCAUUGGGAGGUAUCUGGAGAACCAAUAUGCUACCUGUGUAUUUAAAAAUAACGUGCUUUGCCUAACCUUCAGCUGAAUGUAUUAUGUAGUCAUAUUCUGUGUAUGAAAACCUUUAAAAUGUCUUCAGAGAAGACUAGAGUCUUUAAGUCAAUCAUAGCUAUAUUUUACUACAUUAAAUGUGGGCAUAAAGAUAUACAUAUAUAUAUAUAUUUAAAUAUAAGUGGCUUUAUGUAAGAUGUUUAAUUUCAGUUACUGUGAAUUCUACAGCUUUGUACAUUCUUUCUUUUCCCUGUUUCAAAUCUUUCCUCUCAGAUUUUUUUAAAAAGUAGAGAUCUCAUAGGAAGUAUUAUAAACUGGGUUGUUGGGAUGAAGGGUUAGUUUUUUUCUGUGUAAAAUAAUUAAAUGUAUAUUUGAGAGAGAGAAAAAGAGAGAGAUGCUGCAUUAUCAAUAUUUCUAUCAAUAAUUUACUCUAAAUUUUUAGAUUUAUAUUUACAGACUCACAGAACCAAAAAAGCAAUAUUUACAAAUAGACAAGUGACAUUUUCUAGGCUUAUAUUCAAGAUUAAAAUGUAAUUAAUAGUUUGACCUUGAUGCACUUAAUUAAGAAUACUUCAGAAUGAUCACUUUAUUAUAUGAUGAGUUUAUACUUACUUUAUUAACAGUCUGAGUUAAUGGGAAAUUUGUAUUGGGUAAUUAAUGGUAGAGCAAAUGCAAAUAAUGACCCUACAGAUAUAUAUGUGUCCCUCUGGUUUAAUGGGGCUAUGCACAUUUAUUUGUUUGGCUCAGAACCAUGCAUGUGAUCCCAGGAUGCACAUACAAAUGUCUUUCUUAUUUCAAGCCACUAGUUCAAGCAAACUUCAAGCCAUUAGUCCAGGGUGGUGCUGUUAAUUUCAGUGGGGCUGCCAAAGUCUUGAGGAUUUCAGUAUUAAAGGAUUGACUUUUAUAUAUAUUUCAGACAUGCAGAAAGAAAGAGGGUUUCCUAACCAAUAAUUUUGUCACAAAUUUGAACAGUGCCUUUCCCCCACAACAAUUGUAUUUUUGCUUCAGAUGUAAGCUCUACAUUUUGAUGCCAUUUAUUUACUGCAAGUUGUUCAUCUUCUUUGAUGUUGCAUGCUAUAUUGUUUAAUGUGGUAUAGCAGUAUUUCGAGAACUUGGUCUGGACUGGAGAACAUACAUGAACAAAAUGAGAUCUUACACGAACACAAACCAUGCAAAUGAGUGUCCUGGACCUUGAGUAGUGUGUAGUGGGCUACAUUCUGCACAUUCUUCUGCCAAGGUAAGGGAUCCACUGGAGCUGCUGUGCAACUUCAAAGGCAGCCUCAAAGGAACCAGUCAACAGGGGUGUGCAUGGAACCAUGUUUGGCGGUCCAGUUCAAAUCCAAACGGAAUUCAAACCAAACCACUGAUCUGCGAGCCAGUUCAGUCGAACCGGCCAGUGGCCCAGUCCAUUCGGUUGAACCAAGUUGACCCAGUUCAACUCAGUUCAAGGGCUGUGCUUCUAAAGGUUAAUCCAGUGAGGAUUCCCGUAUACAAGCAGAGGGGUGGGGAAAUCCUUUAAAAGUGUUCUAAGGGCGGCCGGGCACCUUACCAGCAUCGGCAGCUGCUCGAAACUCCACCAGUGCUUCUCACCAGCAGUGCGGGCUAGGAGCAGCCUCGUUUCGGCCUCUGUGGAUGCCAUUUGCAUGACUUCUGCAGAGGCCAGAACUGGGUCGCUGCUGGCCCACACUGCUGAGGGAGAGUGCCGGCAGGGUUUAGAGGAGCUGAUUAUGACGACGAAGCCAGUAAAGUGCCCUCUCGCCCUCCCCCUGGCCACCAUUAGAACACUUUUAAAGGAUCCCCCCCACCCCUUUGCUUGUAAAGGGAAAUCCUCACCGGAUUCCCAUUUACAAGCAUAACCCUUGAACCGCUCCAAAAUGGACUGGGCCAGUUCCAGGUCAAAUUCAGAGCAACUACCUUUUUUUUAGGCUGGUCCAGUUCAAGGUUGAACUGGGCUGGUUUGAAGCAAACUUGGUUUGGUUCGAACUGGUUCUGCACACCCUUAGCCUCAGUGGUGUAGCAUCAGGGCUGCUGCGGAAUGACUUUAAAGCAUUGCUGGGCAUCAGCACAGCACUCCUUUUCCUUGUUUUCAAUGGGAAUGAGCACUGUACUGCUGCUCAGAGGUGGUUUAAAGUCCCAUUCCACAACAGGACUUGUAGAAGCCAUGCCGAUUCAUCCUCAACAAUUAUUAUUAAAAAUAUUUAUAUCCCGCCCCUCCAGUAUAAUACUGCUUGGGGUGGCUCACAACAGUAAAACAGUAAAAGUAAUAUAACACAAUAAAACAAAUAAAACACAAUGUAGAAUUGUGCUGGUCAACGACCGUAAUACAGAUUAUUAUUAUUAUUAAUGUAGAAUAAAAUUUAUUAAAACAAACCCAAUUAAAAUUAAAAACCCACUGUGCUGUAAUAAAGCACAUUAAAAAGCCUCUCUGAACAAGUAGGUUUUAAGAUCUUUUUUUUUAAAAAAAAUCCCUAAGGGGAGGGAGCAUGGUGAAGCUCUUCUGGGAAGGCAUUCCAGAGCCAAGGGUCUACACCUGAAAAGGCCUGUGCUAUUUUGUUUAUGAAUUAUCACAUUAUUCUAUCACUACCAAUGAAUUAUCACAUUAUUAUUCACUACCAAUUUACCUGGAACAGAUAUUAGACUGACAGGUCUGUCAUUUCCUAGAUCUUCCCAAAAUCUUCAUUCUUAAAAAAUUGUAUUACAUUAGCUACCUUCUGUUAAUCAGGCUAAUGUUAGUAAGUUGAAUACUUUUUGUUAAAAGUUUACCAAAUUCAUUUGAGCUGUUUAAAGACUCUCAAAUUAAAUCAUCCAGAUUUGUAAUGUGUCAAUGGCUCUAAGAUCUUCAUUGUGAUCAUCAUCAUUUUACAUAGCUCUUCAAAUUUCCUGCCCCAAAACAAUAGUUAAGUUGUGGGUAUCAUUCAAGCAAACUUCCACAAUGAAAACUAAAAGAGAUAAAUCAUUACCCUUCCCUCCCUUCCCUUCCCUUCCCUAUUCCUUUCACAUCUUUGUCAUGUAAGGGGCCUUAUGUCCCUCUGGCUGGUUUCUUUAUAUUUAAAGAAACAUUUGUUGAUUGCUUCAUGUCAAUAGCAAUUCCUCCUUUGCUUGCCUUAUCAUCAACUUAUAUUCACACAAUGCCAACAUGAGGUCGCUCCCGUCUCAUCAGCGGAACUGUUAAGGAUUAAGGGGUUCAAGAGGAAUGACUUUCUACUGCAAGACUUGUUUCUGAAAUAUAUCUACUCAAAAGUACUUUGUUAGAUCGGUGUUUAUCUAAGCACUAGCUAUUGCCUUUUCAAAUAUUCUUUGCAUUGGGCAGCUGUUCCUUUACUGUCACAAGAAGUCAAAAUGUCAUGCAUUGUGUAGGGUUGGUGCAAAAUUCCACAUCAUAGUUUUGGAAGAAGAUUGUACAUUCAGCUUUUGUUGUUCCUUAAUUGUUUAUGGUCAUGUAUGUCCUGGUCUUGUCUAUGAUGUGUAUCUACCUCAUGCUUCCAAAGGAAGACCUCACUGCUGAUUGUAGGUGCAACCCAACCAGCGCUGCUGCUGGGCAUCCCCUGUCCAUUCCAGCUAGACUUGUGCAGCACUUCUGUACAAGGCAAUUUCAAAUGAAUGGAGGAUGCACAGCCAUGAGCUAGGCUGGUGUGUACCCUGUGUGAGUCGAGUGCUUUCUACGAGGCAACUGUUCUCUGUUUUGUCAUUCAAAUCUGGGGUGUUCAUGAAGCAACUGAAUCAUUGUCUGGAGUGUGCCAUUUCCAAAAUACAAUACUUUUUUUAAAAAAAAGAAAGAAAAUGGGCCUAAUUUCUUUGUCCUUUAAAAAAAAAUAGUGGGAGAAAUGUCCCCACUUAAUCCCUGUGGCCAGUUUGAACACCCCAUGUGUAUUUGUGUCUGUAUUUUGUGUCUUUCAGACAAAAAGGUUGUACAGUUUUGAUAACCCCAUGUCUUGUUACUUUCUGUGCUUAAUAAAGGUAUAUCAAUUAUUAACAAAA